AUGCCCCCAUACCCCAUAUGCCCCCAUACCCCAUACGCCCCCAUACCCCAUACGCCCCCAUACCCCACAUGCCCCCAUACCCCAUAUGCCCCCAUACCCCACAUGCCCCCAUACCCCAUAUGCCCCCAUACCCCAUAUGCCCCCAUACCCCAUACGCCCCCAUACCCCAUAUGCCCCCAUACCCCACAUGCCCCCAUACCUCACAUGUCCCCAUACCCCAUACGCCCCCAUACCCCAUAUGCCCCCAUACCCCAUAUGCCCCCAUACCCCAUACGCCCCCAUACCCCAUAUGCCCCCAUACCCCACAUGCCCCCAUACCUCACAUGUCCCCAUACCCCAUACGCCCCCAUACCCCACACGCCCCCAUACCCCAUAUGCCCCCAUACCCCACAUGCCCCCAUACCUCACAUGUCCCCAUACCCCAUACGCCCCCAUACCCCAUAUGCCCCCAUACCCCAUAUGCCCCCAUACCCCAUACGCCCCCAUACCCCAUAUGCCCCCAUACCCCACAUGCCCCCAUACCUCACAUGUCCCCAUACCCCAUACGCCCCCAUACCCCAUAUGCCCCCAUACCCCAUAUGCCCCCAUACCCCAUACGCCCCCAUACCCCAUAUGCCCCCAUACCCCACAUGCCCCCAUACCUCACAUGUCCCCAUACCCCAUACGCCCCCAUACCCCACACGCCCCCAUACCCCAUAUGCCCCCAUACCCCACAUGCCCCCAUACCUCACAUGUCCCCAUACCCCAUACGCCCCCAUACCCCAUAUGCCCCCAUACCCCAUAUGCCCCCAUACCCCAUACGCCCCCAUACCCCAUAUGCCCCCAUACCCCACAUGCCCCCAUACCUCACAUGUCCCCAUACCCCAUACGCCCCCAUACCCCACACGCCCCCAUACCCCAUAUGCCCCCAUACCCCACAUGCCCCCAUACCUCACAUGUCCCCAUACCCCAUACGCCCCCAUACCCCAUAUGCCCCCAUACCCCAUAUGCCCCCAUACCCCAUACGCCCCCAUACCCCAUAUGCCCCCAUACCCCACAUGCCCCCAUACCUCACAUGUCCCCAUACCCCAUACGCCCCCAUACCCCACACGCCCCCAUACCCCAUAUGCCCCCAUACCCCAUAUGCCCCCAUACCCCAUACGCCCCCAUACCCCAUAUGCCCCCAUACCCCAUAUGCCCCCAUACCCCAUACGCCCCCAUACCCCAUAUGCCCCCAUACCCCAUAUGCCCCCAUACCCCAUACGCCCCCAUACCCCAUAUGCCCCCAUACCCCAUAUGCCCCCAUACCCCAUACGCCCCCAUACCCCAUAUGCCCCCAUACCCCACAUGCCCCCAUACCUCACAUGUCCCCAUACCCCAUACGCCCCCAUACCCCACACGCCCCCAUACCCCAUAUGCCCCCAUACCCCACAUGCCCCCAUACCUCACAUGUCCCCAUACCCCAUACGCCCCCAUACCCCAUAUGCCCCCAUACCCCAUAUGCCCCCAUACCCCAUACGCCCCCAUACCCCAUAUGCCCCCAUACCCCACAUGCCCCCAUACCUCACAUGUCCCCAUACCCCAUACGCCCCCAUACCCCACACGCCCCCAUACCCCAUAUGCCCCCAUACCCCACAUGCCCCCAUACCUCACAUGUCCCCAUACCCCAUACGCCCCCAUACCCCAUAUGCCCCCAUACCCCAUAUGCCCCCAUACCCCAUACGCCCCCAUACCCCAUAUGCCCCCAUACCCCACAUGCCCCCAUACCUCACAUGUCCCCAUACCCCAUACGCCCCCAUACCCCACACGCCCCCAUACCCCAUAUGCCCCCAUACCCCACAUGCCCCCAUACCUCACAUGUCCCCAUACCCCAUACGCCCCCAUACCCCAUAUGCCCCCAUACCCCAUAUGCCCCCAUACCCCAUACGCCCCCAUACCCCAUAUGCCCCCAUACCCCACAUGCCCCCAUACCUCACAUGUCCCCAUACCCCAUACGCCCCCAUACCCCACACGCCCCCAUACCCCAUAUGCCCCCAUACCCCAUAUGCCCCCAUACCCCAUACGCCCCCAUACCCCAUAUGCCCCCAUACCCCAUAUGCCCCCAUACCCCAUACGCCCCCAUACCCCAUAUGCCCCCAUCCAACCAUCCGCCACCCCGUGCAGGCAGUGCGUGGACGUCGAGCCGACAUCGCCGCCCAGAUAUAA